CCUGCUGGGAGAGAGACAAGUGCUCGCUAUUUGGGACCGAAGCCAUCCAAGAGGGAUCUACUUAAAAUCUGCUCUCCAGCCUCCUGCUCUACUCAGCGCGUCUGUUCCGGACCAAGGGGGCGGUGGGGUGGCGCUACGUCAUAUCAGCCGCCGCGCUCUGAUUGGCUGCCGAUUCUCACCCGACACAGCUGUGAUUGUUUUCUGCAGAGGAAGCUGUUGCCCCUGGAAAACAAGGAGGGGGAUCCUGGGUAGAUUAUUUGCUGAGGCGCGAAUGAACAGGAGUGCAGGCUCCUGUUUGGACCAGACCCCGAAUACGCCUGGAGAUCAAGCCCAAAAGUGCCAAAUGCCCAGGUUGGAGGACCACUGCUGGAGCUGCUCUUGCGCAUCAAGGGUUGAAACUAAGCACUCAUCUGGAGCCAACUGGUUGGCAUCUAAAGCUGAAGAAAUGAUGUCCAUCAUCACCUCGGUGCUCAGCAAUGCAUACGGCUCUCUGCACGACGUCCGGACAGCCAACCUCAUCCGCCGGGGUCUGGUCCUCUUCACCGUGGGAGCUUUUCUCGCCCUGGUGCUCAACUUGCUGCAGAUACAAAGAAAUGUCACCCUGUUUCCAGAGGAGGUGAUGACAACUUUGUUCUCGUCUGCCUGGUGGAUCCCUCCGUGUUGUGGCACAGGAGCUGCUGUCGUCGGCCUGCUGUAUCCCUGCCUCGACAGCCAUUUGGGGGAGCCACACAAGUUCAAGAGGGAGUGGGCCAGCGUCAUGAGGUGCAUCGCAGUGUUUGUCGGCAUCAACCACGCCAGUGUUAAACUAGACUUCGACAACAACGUGCAGCUCUCCCUCACACUGGCAGCCUUGUCCUUGGGCCUGUGGUGGACGUUCGACCGAUCCAGGAGCGGCUUCGGUUUGGGGAUCACCACUGCCUUCUUAGCAACUGUGAUCACACAGCUGCUGGUCUACAAUGGAGUCUACCAGUACACAUCUCCAGACUUCCUGUAUGUACGCUCCUGGCUCCCGUGUAUAUUCUUCUCAGGAGGUGUCACAGUGGGAAACAUCGGACGACAACUUGCCAUGGGUGGAGUCGAGAAGCCUCACAUGGACUGAACAGCUUAAAAUAACACAACAGGUGAAGGACAGCUGAUGUAAACAUGGACAAGUUACAUGAAGAAGAAUAACAGGAGAAAAAAGACUCAUUUUGACUUCAUCCUUUGUCUCAUAACAAAGUGUGGGUCAGAAAAGCCCCUCAUCUAAUGUGCCAUGUCCUCUGCACCUCACCAAAACAGCCUCCUCCUCCUUCCAGCCCUGUUGUCCUCCAUCAGCGUUAAGGCUUCCUUCUCUCUAAACUGGAGGACAGUGUUUGCCUUCUUUGUUUUUCUGAAGUGAACUGUUUUAUUUCAUGCUGGAAGUAUGUUUCUUUCCACAGUUUAUGUUCCAACUGGAAGGUUUUGUGUGUGUUUCAGUUGAAUGUGUCCCUAUCUUGGCAAAUAGGACAUGAGAGGGGUUGCUAUAAUUUCUGUUUUUAUUUUUUAGCCUGAAUAUGAUUAUAAAGGGAUAUAUUGUA